GAAUAAAUAAAAAACAAAAGAGUGCGAGCGAACAAAACUUAAUGACUAAACAAUUAAAAUCCGAUAAAAGAACGCACCAAAACCCGAUGAAACAAUCUAAAGAGGAACGCAAUGACAAAAAAAAAAAAAAGCACACUAACUCACUAACGCGGGAAUGUAAAGAGCAGAAAAAUAAAAUUUCAUUAACCACCACUUCGGCAAGCAAGUGUUGUAUAGCGGUUAACAUGUCACAUUAUGUUUUAAAAAGGCUGGUUGCAGCUCAGUCCGAUGGAUCAAGCAUGAAAAUUAAAGUCGCAAAGGAUAUUAAAAAUAUUGAAAUUACACUUAAUGGAAAAGAUAAAUUCCAAUUCACAAAAACACCUUUGGAAAAAUUAUCAAAAAUUCUUUUGUUGGCCGGAAAUCAAAUGGAGAUAGUUGGAAAUAUUAAACACCAAGUUACAAGUACAAAAGAUUCGAAUAGCAAAGCAAUGAAGGAUUUGGCGACUAAAAAGAUGAAAACUGCUUACAAAGAAGAAAAAAUAAAGAGGGAACAAAAAAAAAUACAAGUUAUAGAUCCACUACCAGAUCCUGAUGUGGUGAAACUGAAGAAUCAAAAAACCAAUCGUAGUAAACGAAAGGAUGUGGGUGUGUCAUAUUGUGUACCAGCUUCAUCGUCGUUUCUUUCAAACGAUGAUACGUCAGGUGUCCCACUUAGGAAGAGAGUCGUUCAUCUAAUUGCAGCCACUGAAUUAGACACUGAUCAAUUAAAUACUGAUCAGAUUGUGAAAAAAGUUAAAGACAGUAAAGAAAAUGUUCAAAAAGUAUUGGUUGAGGUUGCAGAACAGACAAAAAAAGGAACUUGGAAACUUACGCCCAACGCCUGGUUGACACUCGAACCGUACACGUGGUUUAGUUAUGGGCAAAAGGUGGUUAGUGGCGUUGUUCAAAAAAUGAACGAAGUCGCAGACUUAUUGGGUUUACCUCAAGAUUCACCUCAACGACCUCGCCAACCGAAACUUACUCUCCCCUCUAAUCAUUCUACAAAUAUUGAUGUUGGAGAGCCUUCGUUUAGAAAACGUCUCAAGAUUGGGUCAGGAUCAUAUUCAGAAGUUCUGCAAAACAACGAUAUUUCGCUUUCUGGAUCUUUUAGGGGUACCAAAUCUACACGAGGGAAAGGUCCAAAGAGACGGGCUGCUAAAACUUUGACCAACUUACAGAAACAUGACGAUGAUAUAGAACCCGAUCCUAAAAAUAUUCCAUCAACUCGUGGUACCAAAUCUAUUCGAAUUCGCAGUAGUAAGACAACAGCAAAUGCAAAUCCUUCUAUUACAGCUGAUCCAGUUACAAGUCAUACAAAUCCAACUCGAGCCAAAAGGGGAAGACCGGUAGGCUCGAAAACCUCUCGUGUUAGUAAGACAUCUUUGAAAGGCACAACAGCGUUGUCAAGUGUUGCACCAUCUAAGCAGGAAACAAAUGAGUCUAAUGGUCAUCCAUCAAUAAAUGGCGUUAACAAUGAAACCAAACAAAGCCAAUACCGAGUCAAUACUUUAUCUGAAUUUCGAGAACUUAUUGACGAGUUUAAGGCUAAACAAGAUGAAUAUAAUGAGCUAGAUGAGAAGUUACAAGGUUGGCUUUCAUUAUAUAAAGAAUUGGAUCUUAGCCUCCGCAGUGCUAGACAAUCCCGUGAAAAACCUAUUAUAAAUAGAAUUAUGGAAACGUUCGGUAGUGGAAGUGAAAUUUUCGCUCUAGUCGAGCAGUUUAAUGCUAUUGAAGAAGAGUUGUGCCAAAUUUCAACUGAGGCUUGGCGGGCAGCUAAAGAAGGUAUCUUGGAUGAAUAA